AAACGAAAAAAGCCCGGAAGCGGAGUUUGGAUACGCCCCCUUCCUGCUCGACACAAGCCUCGAAGCCUCUCUUCGUUUUUCCCAUCAAUACACGCGUUGGCAUUUGAUAGUGAUUUGAGGCUUUAGCUCUGUACCAUGGGGAAGAGCAGGAAAAAUCAAUCAAACAAACCAGAAAAACGAGUGGAAAGGGGAGGACUGAAACAGAGUAAACAGACCCUAAAAAGAGACGAAAAUCCCAAGAAAGUCAAACCGGAGGACCAUCUUAAACACAUCCCCUUCAGGCUUCGAGAGAUCAUAAAGAGCAAAGACAAAGUGAAAAAAGGCUCAUUUGGAGUCAAAAAGCUCAAAACUGCCACCACCCGUCACAAUAAACAAGAUGGGCUACUGAAUGGAGACAUACCUGUCCCUUACUUCAAGAGACAGAGGGGUGAAAGUGAAUGUGCUUACAUUAAACGCAUGGAGUCCGAGACAAAACACGUCCUCUUCCUCACCAAGAACCAAGUGGACAGAAAUCCUGAGCUCGGUGCAGGCAAGCAGGAGCUGCCUGCUGGAAAGGGCAAGUCUGAGAAGAAGAGAGAGCAUGAUAAACUGCGACUGAACAGGCUGCAGCAGAAAAAGCUCGACAGACAGGAAGCCAAAAUGGAGAAAGAGAUGUUUUUAGAUAAUGUUCCCUUUGGUGAAGUGACUAUGGCUCCUCCAUCGCUAAGUAUCAAACCUAUAAAAGCUCAAACCAAUUAUAAGAAGGCGUCAAAGGAGCUUCUGCUUAACUCUCUACUGGGUCACUCUGUAGCCUCCAAAGGUAAACCAUCCAUGGCCAGACAGAGGCUCAUAGAAGAAGAAAGGCAACGUGUGGUCGAGACCUACCGCCAGCUGAAGAAACAGAAGCAAAAGCAGAGAAUCUGGGAAUAACUCAUAAUUUGAGGCUGAACUCCCAACAAAAGUCUGUGUCAGUGACUUCAGCAGGCUGAGAUGUGCAGAAACCGAUGAGAUGAUCCCUUGAAGAUUGCAUGUGCAAUUGUCAUGUGGUAAAAAGCAUAUUUUCAUCUGUGUACAUGUAUCAAAUGAUUGGCAGCAUUCAUUUGCCAACCUUAUGUUUGGCUGAAACAAGAACAGUGAACUGUUGUUGAAAGACUGUUCAUCCCUAAAUGCACGUGCGUGCAUGCCACGCGCACAUUCUUGUAGUGAUUGUGUCAUUAUCAGACAUUACACAUCCUUAUUUCAAUAACGAUGCCUGUAUGUGAGUGUAUUUGUAAACCCGUAUAUCACAACAUGCAAAGAUUUCCUUUUGUGGGCCAGAUUUGGUUACUGCAAUUUCAGUUUCUGUGGGUUGCCAGAUAGUGAUAGCAAACUAAAGUUUAUAUGUAUAACAACCAUGAAAUACUA